GAACACCGGCGCUAAGAUCCCCUCGGUAGGGAUGGGGACGUGGCGGGCGGAGGCUGAACGCGUCGGCGGAGCCUUGACCGCUGCCAUUAAGGUUGGAUAUCGGCAUAUUGAUUGUGCUAAACUCUAUGGAAAUGAGAAGGAGGUAAUUUUGCAUAGUACCAAACCGAUCAUCAUCAUUGUAUCUUUCUCUGCUUUGUUUCUUUUUGUCUGUUAAUGGUUUAUAUAUACAGUAUACCAUCUUACUUGCCAUUUCAUAUCAUGGCAUUUUGUUUAGUCAUCUGACUCUGGUGUGCUCUCCCAUAGUAGGUCCCUUUUUCCUGGAAAAUUAUGUCAAUGGUUUUCAUCAUAAUUGAAAAUCUAUACAUACUUGAAAGAAUAACCAGUUAUCUCAAGUUGCAGGGGGCUAUCAGGUGCAUUUUCACCUUUCAUAUUACUGUAUUGCAUCUCAAGCUUGCCACUGGAUUUACAAAGACAUUGCUGAAGACUAGCAAUUCCCUUUUGUAAUAUAGAUUUGUUAUUGGAAGUCGCUUUCACCUUUUUGGCAUGGCUCAUUAUUAAAUGUUCAUUGUCAUCCUUACCUAUCAAAACAAAAAAAAUGUUCAUUGUCAUCCUUACCUAUCAAAACAAAAAAGAAAAAAAUGUUCAUUGUCAUCCACAAAAACAGGGCAGUGUAAGCGAUUUAGGUGAUGUUAGCAGUCACGUUGAAUAUGUUUGUUUGAUAUAAGCGCAUCUGCAGAGUUUUCUUGUAUCAUAUGCUGUUUUAGGGAACUCCUACAUAGUAGAUAUAGAUAUUGAAUGCUAGUAGAAUUUGGCAUACAGGUGAUUGUAAAGUGUAAAUUUGGGUAGCUUAUAUAGCACUAAAACUCUGAUAGAUAUACAUCUAUUCUUCUUCUCUUUAGUUGCAUAACGAGAUGAAUAACAACUGACAACAUGAUCCGAGGAAAUCUGCACCAUAUAAGUCAAAUGCAUGGAUGAAUGGUCACGUGAUCAUUUGGUCAUUUUAGAUAUACAAUACUUCCUCCUUAGCAUGAUUUUUAUUUAUUUAUAUUCAGAAAAACAUAAUUUUGUCCACUCUUUCCAUUCAUCUUCCCAUUUAUGUACUUCCGGUAAAUAUAAACAUUCAGCUAAUAUGUUUUACCUCUUUUUCUUGCUUGUGCAAAGAUACUUUCUCAAGUAAUGAAACAUCUUUUUUAGUUUCUUUUUUUUUUAGCCCCUUAGACAGAAAGCUAUAGAUUUAUAUUAUAUUAUGCUAAACAGGAAGCAUAUUCUGUCAGCAUUGAUUGUAUCAAUAUUUUGUUCGUGAAUCUAUGAUUGGGUCUGCUUUGAAGAAGCUGUUUAAUGAUGGAGUAGUGGAGCGUGAGGACUUAUGGAUUACCUCCAAACUCUGGUGUACCGAUCAUGCACCAGAUGAUGUGCCAAAGGCAUUAGAUAAAACUUUGAUGGACUUGCAACUUGAAUAUCUGGAUCUGUAUCUCAUCCACUGGCCAGUUAGAAUGAGAAAGGAUACGGUUGGCUAUAAGCCUGAAAAUGUUAUCCAACCCGACAUACCAAGUACAUGGAGAGCAAUGGAGGUGCUUUAUGAUUCUGGCAAGGCUCAAGCUAUUGGAGUGAGCAAUUUUUCUUCAAAGAAGCUCGGGGAUCUGUUGGACAUAGCACGAGUGCCACCAGCUGUUAAUCAAGUGGAGUGUCACCCCUCAUGGCAGCAGCCAGGACUACAUGCAUUUUGUAAAUCAAGAGGAGUUCACUUAUCUGGGUAUACUCCUUUGGGUGCCCCUGGUAGGUGGCCUAAGAACGAGGUGCUUCAGAAUCCAAUUCUCCUUAUGAUCGCAGAGAAGUUAGGGAAGACUCCUGCACAAGUGGCUCUUCGUUGGGGGCUGCAGAUGGGUCACAGCGUACUGCCUAAGAGCACAAAUGAGGAAAGGAUCAAAGAAAAUUUUGAUGUUUUUGAUUGGUCUAUACCCAAAGAUUUGUUCGCCAAGUUCUCGGAAAUUGAGCAGGAGAGGCUUGGUAAGGGUACUGCAUAUGUGCAUGAGACCUUUGGUGCCUACAGGACCAUUGAAGAACUUUGGGAUGGCGAGGUUGGAUACCGCCAUAUUGAUUGCGCUCAGCUCUAUGGCAAUGAAAAGGAGAUUGGUUUCAUUCUGAAGAAACUAUUUGAAGAUGAUGUGGUGAAGCGUGAGGAUUUGUGGAUUACCUCUAAACUCUGGAGCACUGAUCAUGCACCUGAAGAUGUUUCAGAGGCUUUGGAUACUACUUUGCGAAACUUGCAACUUGAUUAUCUUGACUUGUACCUUAUCCAUUGGCCAAUCCGGAUGAAGAAGGGGUCAAUAGGCUUUAAACCAGAAAACCUCAUUCAACCGGAUAUACCUAGCACGUGGAAAGCAAUGGAGGCACUCUAUGUUUCUGGAAAGGCUCGAGCUAUUGGUGUCAGCAAUUUCUCUUCAAAGAAACUUGGGGAUCUGUUGGAGGUAGCACGGGUGCCUCCUGCUGUUAACCAAGUGGAGUGCCACCCCUCGUGGCAGCAGCCAGGAUUACAUGCAUUUUGUAAAUCCAAGGGAGUUCACUUAUCUGGAUAUUCACCAUUAGGUUCUCCUGGCUCCACGUGGCUCAAGAGUGACGUUCUUAAGAAUCCAAUUCUAGGUAUGGUUGCAGAGAAACUAGGCAAAACUCCUGCACAAGUAGCCCUUCGUUGGGGCCUGCAAAUGGGUCAUAGUGUGCUUCCAAAGAGUACACAUGAAGAAAGGAUUAAGGACAACUUUGAUAUCUUCAACUGGUCUAUACCUGAAGUCUUGCUCGGCAAAUUGUCCGAAAUUGAGCAGGCAAGAUUGGUAACAGGGAACUUCGGCAUUGUCCAUGAGACUUUUGGUCCGUACAGGACUGUUGAGGAAUUAUGGGAUGGCGAAAUAUGAGCAGCGAGAUAACUGCUGGUUCAUUAGGAAAAGAGGGCAAAGUUAAAUUUGAGGUAAUAAAAGGGGUAGGAAAAAUAUAGUUGCAAAUAUAAUUGUACACUAAUUUGUAUAUCAAUGUGAUGCGAUUGGUCAAAAAAUAAAUUUUAUUGAAAACAGUAUUAAUUUAAAUUUUAAAUA